AUGAGUUUGUCUCUGAAACACAUACCCUGCCCCAAAGGCAAUGAUUGCACGGCGUUUCAUUGCAUAUUCGGACAUCCUAACGAGACUCCAUCUGCUCCGGAAGCGCCAUCAUUGAAAACCUCGUCAAAUGGUCCAGAUAAGAAGGCAGCAGAAAACCAAGAGGCAGCACGCAAGCGCGUGAGAACGGACCCCUUUAAUCCACCCAAAUCCCCAGAGACAUCUCAAGAUGUUGGACAAAGUACAACAGGAGCUUCUAGAAGCGGCUCAAAGGUAGAAAACAAACGGCAAAUUUUCCCCUCAACACUCAAACGAAAAAUCGACCCUCAGGACAACGCUUCAAAAGCUUCCUCAAAAGUCGCCAAAACAAACCAGUCCAGUAAUGAAUCACGGCCACCGCAUACUCAGAAAUCUGCUCCAGCAAAACCCAAGAAGGCUGAAUCACUAAACCCCAGACUCCUCAAAAGCAUGCCUGCGAGCCAUGAUAUCCGACUCAAGCUCGUUAGAAUGCUUCACCAAGAAUUUACUCGAUUAAACAAAGAACUGAAAAAGAACGCCAGGAAGGAUGAGGUGAACCUCCUCCUGUCAGAACAAGAGCUUAUUGUGCGUACACUGGAUGCGGAAGAGCAUGUCGCUGUUCACAAAGCCGCAGUCUACUCAAACGUCAUGAAGAACAAGGUUAUGCAGUACAAGAGGAUGAAGGUAGAUCAGUGGAAGACCAAGCGACAAGAAGAACGGAAGAAGUUGGAGCUCGAAUCUAGUGGAAAGGAUCCUUCUGAACAACCGAAAGAGAUCAAGACUGGUCUGACGCCUGCUCAAGAACUUGAGAUUGCAAAACGCCUCCUAACUCCCAUCAACGGAUUGGCAAAUCAUGGCUAUGUCUCUGCGGUACCCUCCCAAGAAGAGAUCGAAAAGGCAAGACAGGGCAUCGAGACAGCUGCAGGAUGGGAGAAAUGCGAUCGAUGUUCACAGCGCUUUGAAGUCUUUCCGGGAAGACGCGAAGAAGACGGCGCGCUCACUUCUGGAGGAACAUGCACCUUUCACUGGGGCAAGACUUUCAUCGCCCCCAAAGCCUUGGGCGACAGAACCAGGCAACCCAAACGAUUCCAGUGCUGUGGGCAGGAACUCGGAGAUUCGGUGGGUUGCUUCACACGCGAUCAUCACGUAUUCAAAACUUCGGAUCCUAAACGACUAGCAUCAAUACUCAACUUUGCAGAAACACCCGAGAACCCCCUUGCCCCUACGGACAGAGCAGUAGCUUUCGACUGUGAGAUGGGCUAUACAGUCUAUGGAAUGGAGCUCAUUCGCCUGACCGCAACCUCCUGGCCGACAGGCGAGGAAUUGCUAGAUGUUCUUGUCCGACCACUAGGAGAGAUCCUAGACCUCAAUUCACGAUACUCGGGUGUAUGGCCAGAAGACCUUGCCAAGGCUGAAUCGUGGUCCGCGAACGAAUCGACAAAGCCGGCUAAGAGCAGCAGCGACGACGUAAGUGAGGACGGCGAGCUGAAGCCUAAGAAGAAACAGCUCAAGAUCGUUUCAUCCCCUGAAGUUGCGCGAGAUCUGCUCUUCUCUCUCAUCUCCCCAACCACACCCCUGAUAGGUCACGGUUUGGAAAACGAUCUCAACUCGGUUCGUAUUGUGCAUCCUACAUUGAUAGAUACGGUGCUGCUCUUCCCUCACCAAGGUGGUCUGCCGUACCGCUACAGUUUGAAGAUGCUCAUGGAUGUUCACCUCAACCGUAAGAUCCAGCAGGAGACAGGUCCCAAAAUGCUGGGUCACGAUUCUGCUGAAGAUGCCAGGGCAGCAGGAGAUCUCGUCCGUCUCAAGAUUAAGAAUGAGUGGAUGGACAUGCAACGAAAUGGCUGGAAAUUGGUUGAUGGUAAUUUUGUGGCUCCUGGGAAAGGUGCACGAUUGACCGAGGCGUUCAUCGAGGCAUAA